AUGAAGAUAAAAGCUGCUGUGAAAUGUAUGCGGCUAAAUCCUGAUGUUCCUGUCUGGGUCUCCAAACAGCGCAUUCUCUGUACCUUGAACCACAGCCUGAAGGAUGUUCUGAACUAUGGGCUUUUCCAGCCAGCCUUCAAUGGCAGGGCUGGAAAGUUCCUGGAUGAGGAGCGACUGCUGAGGGAAUACCCUCUGAAUCCAGACACUCCUGUCCCCUACCUGGAGUUUCGUUACAAGAGGCGUGUGUACACCCAGAGUCUGCUGGAUGACAAGCAGUUUGCCAAGCUCCACACAAAGGCUUUAACCCAUGUGUGUAUCUGGACAGGAGCGUCAGAUUUCUUUGGGGACUAG